AUUGGAUGAUGCAUUGGAGGCAGCUCAACGAGCAUCCCGUCUUGAUUCAAACAACCGGGAAGCAAACAUGGUGGUGAGGAAGGCUCGAGCUGUUACGGUAUCUCGAUCAAAAGGCAAUGAGCUUUUCAAGACAGCAAGAUUCUCAGAGGCAUGCGUUGCCUAUGGGGAGGGACUUGAGCACGACCCUUAUAAUUCGGUGUUGUUAUGCAACCGUGGUGCUUGUCGGUCAAAACUUGGUCAAUUAGAUAAAGCAAUUGAGGACUGUACAGCUGCCCUUAAUGUGCGCCCAUCUUACAGCAAGGCUAGAUUAAGAAGAGCACAUUGCAACGCCAAGUUGGAAAAAUGGCAAGCUUCAAUACAAGACUACGAGAUUUUGCUUAAGGAAACACCCGGGGACGAGGAGGUAAGCCGCGCUUUGUCUGAGGCCCGGCAACAGCUUAAGAAACUGUGAGGUAAGGCAUAGCCAGAGAGACCUUAGAGAUGGAGAAUGGAAACAAGCCAAUGCAGUAUAAUUAGGAGGCUGUUAGGAAAGAAGCUGCCCUUCCGCAAUUAUAUGGCUCUUGGAGCUCAAGAGGAGAAACACAUAAGUUCAAGUUGGAGAGGCAAAAGUAGAUGAUUUUUCAAAGAGGGGAUUGAAGGUGGCAACUGAUAUAACGUAACACAAAUACAUGACCCACAUUUUCCUUUUAUGUAUAGUUGUAUUUGUGCAAUUCUUUCUGGGAAAUGUAUUUGAUACUGCUUAUUAAAAAAAUGUGAAAAUAUAUUUGGAACAAAUAUUGAAUUCUCUGUUUCUGUACA